UCUUGAGCCUUGACAUCGUAUAUGAGAGAGUCUUCCAUCACCCGAACACAAAAUGACACUGUAGCUAAUUAACCACGUGGCAUGGGUUCCACAAACCACUGUAAACGAGACAGACAGACAGACGGAUGAGUGUUGGGAAUGGCGGGAGCGACAGAAGAUUACUGGUAAAGAAGUUGAUAAGCAAAAAAACGGCAAAAACAUCCAAAACAAGAAACCAUACAAAAUCUGAAGAAGAAAAAGAAGACGGAGAUCUAGGUCUUCAUCUUCUUCUGAGAUCAACACGAAACCCUAACAUAACUUUUUUUUUUUUUAUUCUUUUUCUCUCCCUCUCCUUCUCUAGUCUUUGGAUCGAUGGAUGGAGUUCCACGAUCUCCAAAAGAAGAAGAAAAACGUUUGUUGCUUCUAAAACGGAUACAACAGCUUGAAUCUGAAAAUGCACAUCUUCAACGACAAUUCUCCAAUUUGGCUCAUUCCAGAGUACCAAGAUCUCACUCAAAUUCACCUCACCAAUGGCAAUUGGCUCACCCAAACAGAAAUUAUGCCGGUAGCAGUCGUGAUUCUCGAACUCUACUACCAGCAAACGGUUUGUUGAAUUUUAGUCAGAAGCAGUAUUUUGAUAUCUUGGAGUCAUUGGGUCAAUCAGUUCAUAUUGUAGAUCUCAGGGACCGCAUUGUGUACUGGAAUAAAGGGGCGGAAAAACUAUAUUGUCAUUCUGCUUCUGAAGCGCUUGGUCAUAGUAAUGUUAAGCUCCUAACUGAUGUCCAAUACUAUGAUGAUGCAAUUGAGAUUAUAUCAAAUAAUAACGCCGGCCAAAAAUACACUGGGACAUUCCCUGUGAAGAAUAAGCUAGGGAAACGAUUCGUAGUAAUUGUAACCAAUAGCCCAUUCUAUGACGAUUUUGGAAAUUUAGUUGGGGUUGUUUCUUGCUCUGUUGAUUCGAAACCCUUUCACCGAGAAGCUCAAUGUCAGUCUUCAGAGUUCUAUCCCAGUCCCAGCUCUAGCCAGCCUACAAGUGGGUUGGCAAAUAAAUCGGAUGUUGAUUCUCAUUUGCCUCUGCAAGCUGGGAUUGCUUCUAAAAUAUCAAAUUUGGCAUCUCGAAUGACCAACAAAAUCAGGUCAAAAAUGAAGACUGGUGAUAAUGCCUUGGUUAAUGAAAGCCGGAGAAGAGAUGGCCAGUAUUUUAAUCAAAGCCUCUCAGAAACUGUUCUCUCCGACCAUAGGAAGGAUCCAACUUUUAGUGAAGCUGGCUCGUCUAGAGGAGACAUUCCACCAUCUCCCUUGGGUGUUUCUUUUGAAGAUACGCCUAGAGAAAAUUUCAGUACUUCUGGGGGUGAAGGUGAAGGUGAAGGCAAAAUUGGGAUCCUCAAGGACAUAAGUUCUAGGGCAGAGGCUUGGAUUAGCAAGAAGAGCAUGUCAUGGCAAUGGUUGGAUCAUGAACGCGAACCUGACUUCGAUCAAAAAAAUUGUUCUGGUAACUACGAAAAAACAGAAACCCAGGUUGCAGAAAAUGACCCAUUUGGGAAUGAAGCGUCUACUUCAAUGUCCUCAUUUUCUCAUGCCAACAGCACCAGUACUGUAAGUAGCAGCAUCAGUACUAGCAGUAGUCCUCUUUAUAAGUUUGACACGGAAACAGAUUCUUUGCAUUUUGAAAUCAUGUGGGAAGACUUGGCAAUCGGUGCACAAAUAGGGCAUGGUUCAUGUGGAACUGUGUAUCGUGGUUUAUGGUGUGGCUCGGAUGUUGCAAUAAAAGAAUUUUUCAAGUUUGAGUACUCAGAUGACUUACUGCAUUCUUUCAGGCAAGAGGUGUUACUUAUGAAGAGACUACGACAUCCGAAUGUGCUACUUUUCAUGGGAGCAGUGACUUCGCCUCAGCAUCUUUGCAUUGUCAUGGAGUACCUCCCAUGUGGAAGUUUGUUUCAGUUGCUUCGAUGUAACACUGCUAGAUUAAAUUGGAGGCGCCGUGCUCUCAUGGCUGUGGAUAUUGCACAAGGUAUGAAUUACCUUCAUCGCUGCAACCCACCAGUUAUCCAUCGUGAUUUGAAGUCAUCAAAUUUGCUGGUUGAUAAGAACUGGAAUGUGAAGGUUGGUGAUUUUGGUCUCUCACGACUCAAACAUGCAACAUAUCUCACAACAAAGACAGGGAAAGGAACGCCACAGUGGAUGGCUCCAGAGGUUAUUCGUAGUGAGCCGUCAGACGAGAAGUCUGAUGUUUAUAGCUUUGGAGUAGUGCUAUGGGAGCUUGCCACUCAAAAGAUCCCUUGGGAUACACUGAACCCGAUGCAGGUGAUUGGAGCUGUGGGUUUCAUGGACCGACGGCUUGAGAUUCCAGAGGACUUAAAUCCACUUUGGGCUUCUCUAAUUGAGAGCUGUUGGCACAGUGAUCUGAAAUGCCGGCCAACAUUCGAGGAACUGCUGGAGAAGCUGAAAGCUCUACUAAGACAGUACUCAAUUCAAAAGCCCAAAGCAAACAUUACGCUAGGUCAGGGGGAUUGAUAAAAGAAAAGGUAAUGUCAUGAUGGAUUUGAAUCACCACAUACAUUCUAGCACGUAUGCCCAGAAAAGGAGAUAAAGGAAACAAGAAAGGAUAGCAGCAAGAAGUGGGUUCAUAUAAUUCCAUAAUGCUUUCAACUCCGGAACUGAGAUUCAAAGGUAAAAUAUGCCUAUUGUCUGGUGAAGAAAACUGAGUUUGAGAAGAGCAACUUCAACCCACUAUUAUUUGAAAGCAGUGGCUGAAUUGAGCACCCACUUAAAGAAGUGUGGGGAGGAAAAAUCAAAACAUGAUUAGGCAAAUUUGAAGAAGAGGACGAAGUUCUGAGUUAACAGAAAUGAAAAUGUCAAGACUGAGUAAAGCGCAGUUGCAUCAUAUUUUGUUUGACCCUUCUUUAGUCCCGAGGUAUAAUGAUCUCAUAUGUGCACCCCACCAAUUGUCCCCUAUGAUUGAAGUCAUCGGAUCGGUCCAGAGGAAUUGGGCUGUGAAGGUAUAUAAAUUUAUAAUUUUUUGUAGUUACUUCUCUUCCUCAUUGUGCUAAUUUUGUAGUAGUAACUAGAAACAUCCUUUUUCUUUUUUUUUUCUUUUUCUUUUGAGGUUGGUGAUUUUGGUUUAUCGCAAACAUGCAACUUAUAUCACAACAAAGACAGCAAAUCCACAGUGGAUGGAGUUUAUCGUUGGCGAGCCAUCAGAUAAGAAGUACGAUCUAAAUUUUCAAUUGUCCAUUAAUGGCAGGUUCAAAUUCUUGUCGUAGGUUAUUCAGUUUUGCAAGGUCAAAGUUCCUUUAAACAACAUGGAGUAACUGGUCUGAUGUAUAUAAUUUUGGAGUUAUACUGUGGGAGCCUGCCACGCAAAAGAUCCCUUGGGAUACCUCUUCAAUUCUCAAUCUUUACUGAGUAAUUUUGAAGCUUACACAUGAAUUUGUUUCCAUCAGUAAUCUAUUAAAACAAUGAGGAGGUUAAAGAUAUAGUUAUCUGAAUUAUCAGUAAAAAAAAAACUCGCAUCAAAAUUUACCAACGUCACAACUUUUUCCGCAUCAUAUAUCUGCCGGAAAUAAGUGCCAUGUUGUCUAAUAAAUUAACAGGAUGUUUAUCGUUUUAAUGAUGGGUUAUGCAAGUGAUUCGAGCUGUAGGAUUCAUGGACCAAUAACUUGAGAUUCCAGAAGAUACGGAGCCGCAGUAGGCAUCUCUAACUGAAAGCUGUUGGCACAGUGAGUUGCUAUGCCGAUCAACAUCAUACGAUUUACAAGGAAAGUUGAAAGUUCUAUGGAAACUCUAUGCCAUCUAAAGGCCCAAUGCAGAUACCUGCUUAGCUGAGGGUUGUAGAUAAUAACACAAUAUCAUCAGCGCAAAUUCAAAUGUCAACACAUCCACUAAAAGAAGAAGAUAAAAGAGUAGCAGCUGAAGUUAAGGUGGAUGGAUUCAUCAUUCAUAUCAUUUGCUGGUGCAUGGUGGUGAAGUUAACAGCUACGAAAGAGGAUUCAAGAACUUGAAGCUGGGCAAGCCAGGCUUAAACAAGAACUGCGUAAAUUUACCCUUGAUGAAGCAAGGCCUGAUUUGGGUUGCAUUAACCAGGAACC